AGUACUGUUUUGUUUAUGUUUUGUUUUGCUUGAGCCCUUUGCUUUGAUGCUAAGUGUUAGCUUAAAGUUGCAGCAGAACACACACACGCGCACUUUAAUCUUUCUGAAUCUCAUACCUAGGGUUUAUCAGUUCUGAAUCUAGAUGUGUAAAGCUUUGCACAUGAGAUUCAUGUUACAUUCUGCAGCUUAGCUUCUUCUUUUUAUCUGCUGGGUUUUAUUUGAGUUGGUUGGAAAAUGGCAAACAGAGGGGGUGGCUCUGAGCAGCAGCCUCCAAGGAGGCUUAUGCGCACUCAAACAGCAGGAAAUUUGGGGGAAUCGAUAUUUGACAGUGAGGUUGUGCCUUCCUCUUUGGUUGAAAUUGCUCCUAUUCUUCGUGUGGCCAAUGAGGUUGAACCAAGCAACCCUCGAGUUGCUUAUCUUUGUCGAUUUUAUGCUUUUGAGAAAGCUCAUAGAUUGGACCCCACUUCUAGUGGACGUGGUGUACGCCAAUUUAAAACUGCUCUUCUUCAACGUCUCGAAAGGGAAAAUGAUCCUACUUUGAUGGGGAGGGUAAAAAAAAGUGAUGCACGUGAGAUGCAGAGCUUUUACCAGCAUUAUUACAAAAAAUAUAUCCAGGCCUUGCAAAAUGCUGCUGAUAAAGCUGACAGGGCACAACUUACAAAAGCAUAUCAAACGGCUAAUGUUCUCUUUGAGGUUUUAAAAGCUGUUAACCAGACGCAAUCUGUCGAAGUUGAUCGUGAGAUAUUGGAGGCUCAUGAUAAAGUAGCAGAGAAGACAGAAAUUUAUGUUCCUUACAAUAUUCUUCCUCUUGACCCUGACAGUGCAAAUCAGGCAAUUAUGAAAUAUCCAGAGAUCCAAGCUGCUGUUUAUGCUCUUCGAAAUACCAGGGGUCUUCCAUGGCCAAGGGACUACAAGAAGAAAAAAGAUGAAGAUAUUCUUGAUUGGCUGCAAGCGAUGUUUGGAUUUCAGAAGGACAGCAUUGCAAAUCAAAGGGAACACCUUAUCUUAUUGCUUGCAAAUGUUCACAUUCGACAAUUCCCAAAGCCUGAUCAACAACCGAAGUUGGAUGAACGUGCAAUAAAUGAAGUGAUGAAGAAACUGUUCAAGAAUUAUAAGAAAUGGUGCAAGUAUCUGGAUCGGAAGAGUAGUUUAUGGUUGCCAACAAUACAACAAGAUGUCCAACAGAGGAAAUUGUUGUACAUGGGUUUAUAUCUUCUUAUAUGGGGGGAAGCUGCCAACCUGAGAUUUAUGCCAGAGUGCCUUUGCUAUAUAUAUCACCAUAUGGCAUUUGAGCUCUAUGGCAUGCUAGCUGGCAAUGUUAGUCCUAUGACUGGAGAGAAUGUGAAGCCAGCUUAUGGAGGAGAAGAAGAAGCGUUUCUAAGAAAAGUUGUUACUCCAAUUUAUGAAGUAAUAGUGAAGGAAGCUGCAAGAAGCAAUAGAGGAAAAUCCAAGCAUUCACAGUGGAGGAACUAUGAUGAUUUAAAUGAAUACUUUUGGUCUGUUGACUGCUUCCGUCUAGGCUGGCCAAUGCGUGCUGAUGCUGAUUUCUUUUGUUUGCCUAUAGAACAGCUUCGGUUUGACAAAAGUUUGGAUAUUAAGCCAGCUAGUGGAGAUAGAUGGGUGGGAAAAGUUAAUUUUGUUGAAAUAAGGUCAUACUGGCAUGUUUUUAGAAGCUUCGAUAGAAUGUGGAGUUUCUUUAUAUUAUGGUUACAGGCGAUGAUAAUUGUUGCGUGGAAUGGUUCUGGCGCGCCAACCUCUAUCUUCGAGGCUGAUGUUUUUAAAAAAGUAUUGAGUGUAUUUAUAACUGCCGCAAUACUGAAGCUUGGGCAAGCUCUUCUUGAUGUGGCCUUUAAUUGGAAAGCAAGGCAAAGCAUGCCUUUGUAUGUUAAGCUUAGAUAUGUUUUGAAGGUUGUGUCAGCUGCUGCGUGGGUGAUAAUUCUACCUGUUACUUAUGCUUAUACAUGGGAGAAUCCCCCUGGACUAGCUCAAACCAUAAAAGGUUGGCUUGGGGAUAGCUCAAACUCUCCUACACUGUUCAUUUUGGCAGUCGUAGUCUAUUUGUCACCAAAUAUGCUUGCUGGGAUACUCUUUCUAUUUCCCAUAUUUCGUCGAUUCCUCGAGAGGUCGAACUACAGAAUUGUGAUGCUCAUGAUGUGGUGGUCACAGCCUCGACUUUACGUUGGCAGGGGAAUGCACGAGAGUUCAUUUUCUCUUUUUAAGUACACGGUGUUCUGGGUGCUCCUUAUAGUGACGAAAUUGGCUUUCAGUUAUUACUUGGAGAUAAGACCUCUUGUUGGCCCAACAAAAGCUAUCAUGAGUGUUCAUAUAUCUAUCUACCAAUGGCACGAGUUUUUUCCCCGCGCUAAGAACAAUAUCGGAGUUGUAAUUGCACUCUGGGCUCCAAUUAUUCUUGUUUAUUUCAUGGAUACCCAAAUUUGGUAUGCUAUAUUUUCUACUUUGUUUGGAGGUAUCUAUGGUGCAUUUCGUCGUCUUGGAGAGAUUCGAACUUUGGGAAUGCUAAGGUCGCGAUUUCAAUCAUUGCCUGGGGCUUUUAAUGCCUGUUUAAUUCCAGAGGAAAAAACUGAGCCAACUAAGAAGAAAGGACUUAAGGCCACUUUUUCGCGAAAUUUUGCUGCGAUUCCUUCUAAUAAGGAGAAAGAAGCUGCAAGAUUUGCUCAAUUAUGGAACAAAAUUAUCACUAGUUUCAGAGAAGAAGAUCUUAUCAGCAACAGGGAAAUGGAUCUGUUACUUGUUCCGUAUUGGGCAGACCGUGACUUGGACCUCAUACAGUGGCCUCCGUUUUUGCUUGCAAGCAAGAUCCCAAUAGCAUUAGACAUGGCUAAGGACAGCAAUGGAAAAGACCGAGAGCUGAAAAAAAGGAUUGAGGCUGACAAUUACAUGUCAUGUGCUGUUAGUGAGUGUUAUGCUUCAUUUCGGAACAUUAUUAUGGCUCUGGUUGAAGGUGCUCGUGAAACAGAGGUUAUUGACUACAUAUUUUCUGAAGUUGACAAGCACAUUGAAUCUGGUGAUCUUAUAAGUGAAUACAAAAUGAGUGCUCUUCCUAGCCUCUAUGAUCACUUUGUGAAGCUUAUCAAGUACUUGUUAGACAAUAAGAGGGAGGACAGGGAUCAAGUCGUUAUCCUUUUCCAGGACAUGCUUGAGGUUGUGACUAGAGAUAUAAUGAUGGAAGAUCAUAUUUCCAGUUUGGUAGAUUCGAUUCAUGGUGGAUCAGGACAGGAGGGGAUGACCCCUCUUGAUCAGCAACAUCAAUUAUUUGCAUCUGCUGGAGCAAUAAAAUUUCCAACCAGGCAAUCAGAGGCUUGGAAGGAAAAGAUAAAAAGAUUGUAUCUUUUACUUACGGUAAAGGAAUCCGCUAUGGAUGUACCAUCAAACUUAGAAGCUAGAAGGCGCAUAUCUUUUUUCUCCAAUUCACUAUUUAUGGACAUGCCUUCAGCGCCUAAAGUUCGGAAUAUGCUAUCUUUCUCUGUUUUGACUCCAUACUACACCGAAGAGGUGCUCUUCUCAUUGCAUGAUUUGGAAGUUCCGAAUGAAGAUGGGGUGUCCAUUCUCUUUUACUUGCAAAAGAUCUUUCCAGAUGAAUGGAAUAAUUUUCUUGAGCGAAUGAAGUGUAAUAGUGAAGAAGAACUUAGAAUGUUAGAAGAACUAGAAGAAGAAUUAAGGCUUUGGGCAUCAUACAGAGGCCAGACGUUGACUAAAACUGUAAGAGGUAUGAUGUAUUACCGCAAAGCCUUGGAACUUCAGGCCUUCCUUGAUAUGGCGAAAGAUGAAGAUCUUAUGGAAGGCUACAAGGCCAUUGAAUUAAGCGAGGAUCAGAUGAAGGGCGAAAGGUCCUUAUGGACACAAUGUCGAGCAGUUGCUGAUAUGAAAUUUACUUAUGUGGUUUCUUGUCAGCAAUAUGGGAUUCACAAGCGUUCUGGCGAUCCUCGAGCACUAGACAUUUUAAGGCUUAUGACCGUAUACCCGUCUCUUCGCGUAGCUUACAUUGAUGAGGUGGAAGAGCCUAGCAAGGAUCGGAAGAAGGUUAACCAGAAGGUGUAUUACUCUGCUCUAGUAAAAGCUGCCAUGACAAAGUCAGAUUCUUCUGAACCAGGACAAAAUCUGGACCAGGUUGUAUAUCGAAUAAAGCUUCCAGGACCUGCUAUCUUAGGUGAAGGAAAGCCAGAAAAUCAGAAUCAUGCUAUUAUCUUCACACGUGGGGAAGGCUUGCAAACUAUAGAUAUGAAUCAGGAUAACUACAUGGAAGAAGCCUUUAAAAUGAGGAAUUUACUUGAAGAAUUUCUGAAGAAACAUGAUGGUGUCAGACAUCCUACUAUUCUUGGUCUUCGGGAGCAUAUUUUUACUGGAAGUGUUUCUUCUCUUGCAUGGUUUAUGUCUAAUCAGGAGACAAGUUUUGUAACUAUUGGCCAAAGAUUAUUAGCAAACCCUCUGAAGGUUCGCUUUCACUAUGGCCAUCCAGAUGUUUUUGAUAGGCUGUUUCAUCUUACUAGAGGAGGUGUUAGUAAAGCUUCCAAGAUUAUUAACUUGAGUGAGGACAUUUUUGCUGGCUUUAACUCAACACUCCGUGAAGGCAAUGUAACGCAUCAUGAAUAUAUUCAAGUUGGGAAAGGUCGAGAUGUUGGCCUUAAUCAGAUCUCACUGUUUGAAGCCAAAAUAGCUAAUGGGAAUGGAGAGCAGACUUUGAGUCGUGAUCUCUACAGGCUUGGGCACCGUUUUGAUUUUUUCAGAAUGCUAUCAUGUUAUUUUACAACUAUUGGUUUCUACUUCAGUACCUUGGUAACUGUACUUACUGUCUAUGUAUUUCUUUAUGGGCGUUUGUAUCUUGUUCUUAGUGGACUUGAAGAGGGUCUGAGUACUCAACCAGCAAUUCGAGAUAACAAGGCACUACAAGUGGCUCUUGCUUCGCAAUCAUUUGUGCAAAUAGGAUUUUUGAUGGCAUUGCCUAUGAUGAUGGAAAUUGGCUUGGAAAGAGGUUUCCGGACUGCAUUAAGUGAAUUUAUACUGAUGCAAUUACAACUAGCACCAGUGUUUUUCACAUUUUCACUUGGAACUAAGACACAUUAUUAUGGAAGAACUUUACUUCAUGGGGGUGCAAAGUAUAGACCUACCGGCCGUGGGUUUGUGGUUUUCCAUGCAAAGUUUGCUGAAAAUUAUCGACUGUACUCCCGCAGCCACUUCGUCAAGGGACUCGAGCUUAUGCUUCUACUUGUUGUGUACCAAAUAUUUGGGAAAAGUUAUCGGGGAGCCCUGGCUUAUUUGUUGAUCACUGUAUCUAUAUGGUUCAUGGUGGGCACCUGGCUUUUUGCCCCAUUUCUCUUUAAUCCUUCUGGCUUUGAGUGGCAAAAGAUUGUUGACGAUUGGACUGAUUGGAACAAGUGGAUAAGCAAUAGAGGUGGUAUCGGUGUGCCACCAGAGAAAAGCUGGGAAUCAUGGUGGGAAGAGGAACAGGAACAUCUUCGACAUUCUGGGAAGCGUGGUAUCAUGGCUGAGAUAUUGUUGUCUUUACGAUUUUUCAUCUACCAGUAUGGGCUAGUGUAUCACUUGAACAUCACAAAGAAAACCAAAAGUUUUCUGGUUUAUGGCAUAUCGUGGCUGGUGAUAUUUUUGAUAUUGUUCGUGAUGAAGACUAUCUCAGUUGGACGACGAAAAUUCAGCGCAAAUUUUCAACUUGUGUUUCGGCUCAUCAAAGGAUUGAUAUUUCUUACUUUUAUUUCCAUCUUGGUAACCUUGAUCGCGCUCCCCCACAUGACGGUGCAGGACAUUAUUGUUUGUGUUCUUGCCUUCAUGCCCACCGGUUGGGGUUUGCUUCUGAUUGCACAAGCAUGCAAGCCUCUUGUUCAUCGAUGUGGUUUUUGGGGAUCAGUUCGAACACUUGCCCGAGGUUACGAGAUUGUGAUGGGUUUAUUUCUUUUCACUCCGGUCGCUUUUCUUGCAUGGUUUCCAUUUGUUUCAGAGUUUCAAACUCGUAUGCUAUUCAACCAAGCAUUUAGCCGAGGUUUGCAAAUUUCUCGCAUUCUUGGUGGGCAUAGGAAAGAUCGUGCAUCGAGGACCAAGGAGUAAUUUUGAAGGCAGAAUCAGAUACUGUAUUCAAUGCUUUUUAUAGGAAAAAAAGGGGAAAUUUUAAAUGUCACAGGAAGAAGUGUUUAUUUAGUUAAGUUUGUAAACUGUCAUUCCUCAAGUAAGCUGCUGGUGUAGAUGCAAGUAUGGGCAGCAAUUUUGGGUAUUUUGUGGAGAUGAAAAUUAUUUAGCAUUGUAGCAUUCCAUUGCCUUAUACAGAAACAAGUGAGGUUAAUACAUUGCCUUGUAUUCUGGUACUACUCGCUCUGUUCUGAGAUAUAGGUCUUUUGACACACA